GCACAAUGUAGAAAUGGUUGUGAUUCCAGAGCCUUCCCGAAGCUGCAAGACCAUCCGUCCCUCCCCUCUUCCCUGCAGCGGCUAGCGCCCAUCGAGCCAUGUCACCUGGCACGGCGUGUCGUCCGUGGGCGGCGACGAAACUGCAGGCCACGUAGAACCUGCUGCUUCCAAUUUAUGACACGUCGGAUGGAUGGCUUGGCUUGACACGUAGAACCUGCUGUUUCUACGUGGAGAUGCCUUGGAGUCCAAGCAACAAUCGUACAUGGAGAUGGCCUCCUGGUGCUGUCGAGGGAAACUCACGGUCUUCGCCGCGGCGUUUUCUAUAAAGUCGCCCCUUCCCUCUGCAGGGCAGCUAGAUCAUACAGCAUCAGAGAGGUUCCAGACCAUCCAUCUCCCCUUCCCUCUGCAGCAGCAACGCGGGCCGAUCGAUCAUGGCACCUGCAUCGACGCACGGCGAGCACUUCGCGGAGGUGGUGUUGGUGCGCCAUGGGCAGACGGAUUGGAACGUCUCCCGCAUCAUUCAGGGACGGAUCGAUCAGGAGCUGAACGAAACUGGUAGGCAGCAAGCUGCCAAGGUUGCCCGUCGUCUGUCGGAAGAAGCCAAGCCAGCUGCCGUCUACUCCUCUGACUUGAAGCGUGCUUCCGAGACUGCGCAAACGAUCGCAGCGCAUUGCUGCGUAUCUGAUUCUGAUCUGGUGAUUGAUCGGGCACUGACGGAAAGGCACGGGGGAUUGUUCCAAGGUUGGACCUUUGACGAUGCCAAGAGAUCUGAAGCUUACAAGGUUUUCGCACGCGGUGGCAGAGAUCAAGAAAUACUUGGUGGUGGGGAGAGUCUUGAUCAACUUUCCGAGCGCUUAGUUCCCCGCUUGAACGCAAUCGCCGAGAAGCACAAGGGUGAGCGGGUGGUCGUCGUCUCCCAUGAGGCAGUCAUAGAGGAAAUCUGCAGGCACGCCGAUCCAACGAUCUCGGUUGGCAGGAAAAUUCCUAACACCUCAAUCAGCGUUGUCCAUAUCUCCGGUUCCGAUGGACGCUGGAUCCUGGAGAAGUUCGGGGACGCCGGACACCUCAUCGGAGAUGGCUUCCCGCAGAGUACAUUGUAACCGAAAAUAUGCUGCUCAUGUUCAUACAGACUGUUAAAGCAUAGUUAGCAGAAGCACUACCAAGGAGAAGAAGCAGCAGUUCCAAUGUGGACCGAGCAACUGAACUAGCCAUUCUUCUUUCUUUCUUUCCUUUUUCUCUAAACGCUCCCACACCUCGCGCCGCGGCCGCCGCUCCUGCCCCGCAUCACCCCGCUCCCGCGGACGCCGGGAUGGAAGGGAAGGCCGCCGAGACGUGCGCUCGCGCCAGGGAGAUGCACAGCACGCUCCCGGAGGCGAGGCACUGCAACCGCCUGCUCAGGCUUCUCGUGGAGCGCCUGCGAUGGGUGGAUGCCCGGAAGCUCUAUGACGAAAUGCUUGCG